CAAGCGUGUCGUACUAAAAUCAACAAAACCAACAAAACCGGGUUUCCGUUUGUAUCCAGGUUAUCCACCAAGAAUUCUUAAGCAAUGAAGUAUUUGCUUGGCUGAACAACAUUCAGGAUGCUGAAUUUACACUGGCGGAGGCUGCGGUCCAAAUAUCCAUGGAUACAGCUGCUGAAAUCUUGGCGUUGCUGGCUGAUGAUUGUGUUCACCGCUGUGCUGUUAUUUUAUGCGUGUGCCUCGUAUGGCCAGUCACCAAACAUGUUUCAGGCACUACAGACCAUCUCAAUGGUCUGGGUCGGGGAUAUCGAGUUUGACUUCCUCACAGGGCUUUAUUUUCUGAAACAAGGUAAAGAUGUGUACCUGAGAGGCUCCAUGCCGGACGCCCAACAGAUGGAUGGAAGGCCUGUCCACUGUGGAGACUACAACAAAAGUCAUCAUCUCUGCGCCUCAUGGAUUCCGAAGGUUAAACUCGAAGUAGAACUUCACACCGAUGAACAUGCUGUGUGCCAUACAUUGACCUGGUCUGCAGGGUAUGAUAACUACAAACCACACACUUGCUUUUCAAUGUCGGACACAAACUGGUAUGGUGGAUCAUUGUUUUCGGAUCAGAAAUGGCCUCUGAACAAAGUAGACUUACCUUUUCAAGCUUAUAGAACCAGGAAUCUUGAGAAUAGUGUAAGUGGUGAAAAUUUGGUGGGAAAUGUAUUAGACUGGUUUUGGAUUAACUCACACGGGGUUGCUGUGAUUGUGGACAGUAGUUACCCUUUGCAUGUAAGCAUAAACCAGCCUGAUAAACUUCUAUGUUUCUAUUCACAGUCAGAUUAUAUGAGUGUUUUGCAGUAUAAAGUUUGUAAAGCUGGCAAUCUGAAAAAAAUCCAUAGAUAUGUGUUGAGUAAAUUCGUUCAUUUACCGAUGCAGCUUCCGAAAGAUGAGGUCUUCCAGAAACCUAUAUGGUCCACAUACCCAAUGUAUAAAAACUCAGUGAAUCAAGAGAAUCUUCUGACAUUUUCCAAAGAUGUAAUGGACAAGGAGCUUGAAAGAGGUGUCAUGGAUAUCCAUGAUGUCGCCCUAUCUCUUUUUAACAGUGAUCCUUUCGCUAGGACAAAGUUUAUGAAUUCUCAUCAGUCUUUAAUGUAUGUGAGGGAUUAUGGUUUUGAAACUUUCCUUUCAGUGUCACCUUUUGUAAACGUAUCAAUGAAGACUUUCAAUGAGUCCGUAUUUCUUAAAGACUCCUACAACAAUCCGAUAGUGCUUGAUUACCACGGAAUAAAGACCUAUGUGAUUGACUUACUUUCAGAACAUACUUAUAAUUGGUUCGUAGAGCAGUUGAAGGGUAUACUCGUUCAGUUUGGACUUGAUGGAUAUCAUUUAACUGGAGGCGAAAUGGAAUACUUAGAAUUUAAUGUGGAAAAACAUUUUAAGACCAAUAAUAUCAAUAUAGAAUUAUAUGCAAAGAGAUACAGUAGCAUUGCUCAGAAGUUUUAUACUAAAACAAUUUCAUCUUUCGCUGUUCAAAGCCAAAGAAGUGCAGUGAUAGUUCAAAUAUCUAGUAAUGUGUCGUCAUGGACAAGUAAAGGUGGAAUUAACUCUGUCAUUCCCUCAGUAUUAACUUUAGGUAUUUUGGGGUACCCUUAUGUGAUACCAAACAUUGUGGGAGGGCCUGGGGUUUAUAAAACCAACUCAUCGAGCUCAGAGGGUAAUCUCGGUGUUCCAGACAGGGAGUUAUACAUACGUUGGCUGUCUCUGGCUGCAUACAUGCCAUGUAUGGCGUUCUCGUUUCCACCAUGGAUGUACAGUGAGGAGGUGAUGCAGAUUGCCAAGAAGUUCAUUGAUGUUCAUAAGAAUGUUGUGGCUCCUCAUGUUAUCAAAGCUGCCAGGGAGUAUGAGUCCACUGGUGCCCCAGUGAUAAGGCCACUAUGGUGGUCAGACCCGAUAGACCCAGGGCUGCAGACCGUUGAUGAUCAGUUCACAGUUGGUGACGACUUGCUAGUCGCACCUGUGCUGUCCUUGGGGCAAACCCAUCGGGAUGUUCUGCUGCCGCAUGGGCGUUGGCGAGAUGAGCUCUCUGGGAAGGAGGUGGAAGGGAAAACCAUGCUGCAAGGAGUUCACGUGCCGCUUGGCCAGAUAGCUACAUACACACGUGUCAAAACUUAAGUGUCAGUACUUCAUGUUUGUGUUUUAUAAUGUUCACUGACAGUCAUAUGUUAGAUAGAUGCAUUUACCCUUUUAUCUGUUUCAAAACUUGUCAGCUUGUUGUAUGGCGUUAUUGUGAUCUUUGGCUCAAAUAUUAAUCAAACUUUGUUUAAAACUCAUUAUUCCAUUAUAGAUACUUACAAACUUAAAUAUCAUCCGCUAAUUUGUAGUUUAUUCUCUAAGUAAUGCUAAUAUUUUGAUAAGUUUGAUUUUCAUGCGAAGAAAGAAGUGUUUCUCUUGUCAUCUGUUAGAAUUGAUGAUUGAACAAAUAUGUGUCAGAUAAGCAAUGAUUAUUCGUGUUGAGAAUUUUCAACCAGGUUUUCAACGAAAACCGGGUUGUUAGAAUGAGGUGGUCGUUGGGUGGACGGGCGGGCGGGCGUCAAACAUUGGUUUCUGUUAAAUAACUUUAGUUAGCAUUGAUAGAUAUUGAUGAAACUUGGUGUGUAGGUAGCUUAUGGGAAGAGCUAGCUUGGGAUUGCUUUUGAGGGGGUGGGGCUAAGGUCAAGGUCACUGUUACUAAAAUAGAAAAAUGGUUUCUGCCCAAUAACUUUAGUUAGCAUUGAUAGAUAUUGACGAAACUUGGUGUCUAAAUUGCUUAUGUGAAGAGUUAGCUUGGGAAUGCUUUUGAGUGGGGAUUGGCUAAGGUCAAGAUCACUAUUACUUAAAAUAAAAAAUGGUCAAGGUCACUGUUGCUUAAAAUAGAAAAAUGGUUUCUGCCCAAUAACUUUAGUUAGCAUUGACAGAUAUUGAUAAAACUUGGUGUGUAGGUAGCUUAUGUGAAGAGCUAGCUUGGGAUUGCUUUUGAGGGGGUGGGGCUAAGGCCAAGGUCGCCUGUUACUAAAAAUAGAAAAAUGGUUUCUGCCCAAUAACUUAAGUUAGGAUUGAUAGAUAUUGACGAAAGUUGGUGUGUUGGUAGCUUAUGUGAAGAGAAAGCUUUGGAUUGCUAUUGAGUGGGGAGGGGCUAAGGUCAAGGUCACUGUAACUUAAAAUAGAAAAAUGGUUUCUGCCCAAUAACUUUAGCUAGCAUUGACCAAUAUUGAUGAAACUUGGUGUGUAAGUUGCUUAUGUGAAGAGCUAGCUUGGGAUUGCUUUUGAGUGGGGAGGGGCUAAGGUCAAGGUCACUGUUACUAAAAAUAGAAAAAUGGUUUCUGCCCAAUAACUUUAGUUAGGAUUGACAGAUACUGAUGAAACUUGGUGUGUAGGUAGCAUGUGAAGAGCUAGCUUGGGAUUGCUUUUGAGUGGUGAGGGGCUAAGGUCAAGGUCACUGUACUAAAAAUUUAAAAAUGGUGUCCGCCCAAUAACUUUAGUUAGCAUUGAUGGAUAUUGAUAAAACUUGGUGUGUAGGUAGCUUAUGUACAGAGCUAGCUUGGGAUUGCUUUUGAGGGGGGUGGAGCUAAGGUCAAGGUCACUGUUCAGGGCUUUUUCUGCCCAUUUUGGGAAAAAGACCCUAGACAUUUUGGGAAAUUUUGCGUCGUGAAAAUGGGGAAAUUGGGAAAUUUUACAGUGAAGAGAAAAAGGUGUCUAGUCUCCUGUGAAUUAGGAAAUGAUUUAAUAUUAGUUUUAUUUUCCCUUUAAAAGACCCACAUUGGCUGAAAUAUCAAUCCUUGGGGUGUAAAUAUCUAUUGCAAUAAAUCAUGACAGAUAAUAUUUCAUAUCUCUGAAUGUGAUGAAAAUAAAUGAUUUCUGAGUUCAAUUACCAAAAGAACUUCACAUCACAUAAUUUAUUAGGAUGUUGAAAAUGAACCAGUACAGGUAAAAAUAAUUUCUAAAAAUAUAUAUAUAUAUAUAUAUAUUUUUUUUUUUUUGGAUUGGGAUUUUUUUCUGAAGAUUGGGAAAAAUAUCUUAUAUUUUGCUUUGGUAAUGGGUCCGAUAGUCGGACCCGUGGGUACUAUAGAAAAAGCCCUGCUGUUACUAAAAUAGAAAAAUGGUUUCUGCCCAAUAACUUUAGUUAGGAUUGAUAGAUAUUGACGAAUUUUGUUUGUAGGUACUAGUAGCUUAUGUGAAGAGCAAGCUUGGAAUUUCUUUUGAGGGGGGUGGGGUCAAGGUCACUAUUACUGAAAAUAGAAAAAUGGUUUCUGCCGAAUAACUUUAGUUAGCAUUGACAGAUAUUGAUGAAACAUAGAGCGAAGGUAGCUUAUGUGAUGAGCUAGCUUGGGAGGUGGGGUCAAGGUCACUGUUCCUAAAAAUAGAAAAAUGUUUUUUUGCCCAACAACUUAGUUAGAAUUGAUGGAUAGUGAUGAAUCUUAGUGUGAAUAUAGCGUAUAUGAAGCUGCAGAUUGAACUUGCUCAUACAAGAAAUUAAUUAGCUAUAAUUUCUGAUUGCCCAUAACAAAAACCUGGUUUCGUCGCAUUGCGGCGCUUCUAGUUUUAUUUAGAUUAAUUUUGCUAUUUGUACAUUGUAGAAUUAUAGACAAUCAUCAAAGGUUGUGAUCGCUUGGGUAAUUGUAGUUCUAGCACACAGGGCAAUAAGGUAAUAACUCCAUACACAAAAGAAGUUGAGUCUGUCUUGUGCUUAGACCCUGAAUUUUUGAUUUUCAUUUUCAUUCAUAAUUGUUUAUGUCAUUUUCUAUCUUAAGUCUUUUUCCUAAAUGUGUGACUGUCUUGCUGGAGAAUUUCUGAAAAACUUCCAUUGACUGAACUAAAAAUGCAUACUUUUAUGCUUAACUGAAAUGCAUACUUUUAUGCUUUAAUAACUUAAAGAUGCACUCUUACUCCCACAUAAGAUUUACAACAAUUAAUAAAAAUGUUUUAAUAUUCCAAAAAGGAUGAAUAAAUAUCGAAAACAAUGGUUCUAAUAAAGGAUAACUAGUUUAACUUGAAAGAAAUGAGCAUAAAACAUGGUAUUUCUACCUUAGAAGACUAUAGUAGAUCACAGUAAAUCUUUUAGCACUCACCAAUCAUUUAAUAUUUUUUGCAAUUUCAGCUAUUAAAUACACAGUUACACUCUUGUUAUCAGUAAUUUAUAUUUUCCAUAAUUGCAUUAUUUAGUAAGUAGUUUAAGGUUUAUCAGCCAAAUUUAUGAUUGUUAUACAUGCAUAUGUAUUAAUUUUGAAUAAGAGUGUCACUUUAAAAUGCAUACUUUUAUGCCUGAAAAUGCAUACUACAUGUGUAUUAUGCUUUUAAUAACUGAAAAUGCAUACUUUUGUACUUCAUAACUGAAAUGCAUACUUUUAUGCUUAACUAAAAAUGCAUACUUUUAUGUAAAAAUCACUUAAUCUUUUCUUUCAAAUUGAGUAUGAAAAUGUUAAGAAAUCAACUUAAGUUAGGAAUUACCUUAAGUUGUUGUAUGAAUACUGCCCAAGGUAUAUUUACUGUUCAAUUUAUUUUGUAUGACUUUUUUGCACUGUAUAAAUACUUUUAUCACAUUCAGGUUCUGUUGUAUUUUAAUGUAUUCUAAAUGUGCACAUUAUUAUUGUUUUUAGCUCGACUAUUCGAAGAAUAAGGAGAGCUAUACUACUCACCCAAGCGUCGGCGGUGGUGUCGGCUUCAGCGUCACACCUUGGUUAAGGUUUUGCGUGCAAGCACACAUAGGUUAAUAUCUCAGCAACUACUUGAGGUUUUGCAUUGAGACUUUAUACAAUGAUACUCAACCAUCCAACCUACUUAAUUAACCAAGUUAGAUAACUCUUGUUUGCAUUUAAUGCAAAUAAUAGGCCUUUAUUAUUUGACUUAGAAAUUCUGGUUACGGUUUUGCGUGCAAGCAUACUUAGGUUAAUAUCUCAGCAACUACUUGAAGUAUUGCAUUGAGACUUUAUACAAUGAUUCUCAACCAUCCAACCUACUUAUUUAGAUAGUUAAAUAGUUAGAUAACUCUAGUUUGCAUUUAAUGCAAAUAAUUGCCCUUUAUUAUUCGACUUAGAAAUUCUUGAAAAGAUCUUGCAUGUUAGCACACAAAGGAUAAUAUCUCAGCAACUACUUGAUGUAUUGCUUUGAGAGUUAUACAAUGGUAUUCAACCACCCAACCUACUUGAAUAACCAAGUUAGGUAACUGUAUAUUGCAAAUAAUGGCCCUCUAUUAUUAGACUUAGAAAUUCUGGUUAAAAUUUUGAGUGUAACCACAUUUAUGUUAAUAUCUCAGAGCAUCAUGUAUUGCAUUGAAAUCUAAUCUAACAGUGAUCAAUGCAUGUUUUGCCAAAACUUUUCAAUCCUUACACUGAAAAGCGGUAGAAUAGUCGAGCGCGCUGUCUCUGUGACAGCUCUUGUUAGCUUUGGAACAUUACUCUCUUAGCAUAUUAUAAUAUCAAUUUUAUUCUAACCGUGUUGUCCAAAUGUAGUCAUUUUAAACAAAGUACAGCUGUGAUAGUACUGGUACUCAUGUAAUGCAAAAUUUUGAAAAAUAGUUAGUGUAUAUGUAUUGGUUUAAGCUUCUAUAUUAACUACUGUUUUACCAGUUAUUCUUUGUGAUACGAUAAUAUUCUGUUCCAGUUUGUAUGAUUUACUUAAAUGUCAUUGUUGUUGUAAUAAUUCUGGCCUUAAUUUAACUCUCUUUUUUUAAACCUCUUUUGUCCGAUCAUAAUCAAUAUAAGACAAUAUGUGUAUCAGAUGAAUGAUUUGAGUUUAAUAACCAGCCAUGUCACCAAGGGCACAUGCUCUGACUAAGGAAGCUUUUGUCCUAUCAUCACCAAACUUGGACAACAUGUGUAUGUGCAACUUGUCUCUGCUAGAUUCAAUAUAAUUAUUUUGAGUUAUGGCCCUUGAAAUGAGUAUUAUUUCACAAAUUUAUGUUGUCCGCACUCUAACUGGUGAUACGUUUGUCCAUUCAUCAUCAGUCUUGGACAAUAUGAUUGCGUUUGACUCAAUAUCACUGCCAGGUUUGAAAACAAGCACCAGUUACAUCAGAGUUAUGGCCCUUGAAUUUGAUUAAAUUACUUUUUAUUUCAAAAUCUUUUAAUUUUGUUUUGUUUUGCAACAGUUUUCCAUUUUUGCAUGAUCAAAUAUUGAUUUUGAAUAAAUUCAUCUAGAUGCAAAUAGGCAUAAAGGUUUCUACCAUAUGCAUGAAUAUACCAACUUUUGAUACUCCUACGCAACUUUUGUACUCAACUUUUGUACUUGUUUAGUUAUUUUAUUUUAAUCUUUUUAACUACUUUGAAAUCAUUAACAUUCGUGGGACAUUAAUGUUCGUGGUUUUCUUGGGUGGGGUGAUCCAUAAAUUAGAGAUCCCACGAAAUAUUGUCCUUUUAUUCACUUUUUCAAUUGCAUUGUAAUGUACAUACUAUGAUAUGUACGUACAUAGUAUAUUCUUUAGAGAGGUCGCAGUAUACAGCGGUGUACAGCGUAAAUACCGAACUCACAGUAUAUCUUACUAUAAUUGUUUUGUUAAUAUAUUAUAUUUGCCUUUAACAAAUAACAAAAUAAAUCAAUUCAUUUUUUUAGCUCUACUGGCGAGCUUAUGCGAUGGUAAUGUGUACGUAGUAUGAGCAUCCGUGCGUCUGUAAACAAUUGCUUGUGAACAUGAUACAGUCUUCAGUUUUUAUUGUAUCUCGAUGAAACUUGUACAGUAUCUAGAUAUCCAUUAGAGCUCGGUUCCUUUCGAAAACCAGCCAGAUCCGCCCAUGCAUGCCUAGAUUAUGGCCCUUGAUAGUAUAAAAAAUGCUAUUGUGUAAACAAUUGGUUGUGAACACGAUACAGUCUUUAGUUUUGAUUAUAUCUCGAUGAAACUUGUACAGUAUCUAGAUAUCCAUUAAAGCUUGGUUCCUUUCGAAAACCAGCAAGAUCCGCCCAUGAAUGCCUAGAUUAUGGGCCAUGAAAGUUUUAAAGAAAUGCUUUCUAUUUUUAGCCAGGUCUGCAUGAGCGAAUUCUAUUUUUAGCCAAGUUUACAUGUAUAUGUUAAUUCAAGUCUAGAGUUAAGGGAGACAAUUUGCAAGUCUAGGAUUUUGAGAGAAAAUUUGCUUUUUGCUUCUGCAGUUGAUUUUGUGAAUUACUCUGCCUUGUUCUUGUUGAAAGCCCAAAGGCCAUUUUUUAGCUUUAAGUUCUGUAGUUUGCGCAUUCAUCUUAAAGUGACACUCUUAUUCAAAAACAAUACCUACACAUGUUUAACAAACAUCAAUUGUGACUGAUAAACCUUUAACUACUUUCUAAAUAAUGCAUAUAUGGAAAAUAAUAAUUACUGAUAACAAUAUUAUAACCAUGUAUUUGAUAGCUGAAAGCGCAAAAAUAUUAAAUGAUUGGUGAAUGCUAAAAGAUUUACUGUGGUCUACUAUAGUCUCAUAAGGUAGAAAUACCCUGUUUUAUGCUCAUUUCUUUGAAAUUAAGCUGGGUAUCCGUCAUGAGAACCUUUGUUUUUGACAUUUGUUAAUCCUUUUUGGAAUAUUAAAACAAUAUUAUUAAUUGUGGUAAAUCUAAUCUGUGAGUAAGAGUGCAUCUUUAACAAAAUUGGUUGUGAAUAUUUAAGUUAUGCACCUGGUGUCAUUACUGGCCACACCCAGGGUUCACAGGUUUGGUAAACAUAAAUCUGGAAAGGUUUGAAAAUCUUUUUGUGUGUUCGUGCAUCCAUCUCAGCACAAUUGAUUGUGAAUGUUUGUUCAAAUUGAUCAAUGUUGUCCUAGGAUGCCCUUGACUUUGACCUUUUGACCAACUUUUUUUAACUUUUAAAACUACAGAAAAUUUUACUAUGAGUACAGUUUUGAAAGCAUUUUUUUUUUUAGAUGACUUUUACUUGGCACAUAUUAAAAUAGUUCAUGCAACUAAUCUGCUUACAAUACUUUCUGGGCUCAGAUGUUGAACGUGCUACGUUUUCAGGUAACCCAAACACAAAACAUAAACUAUAUGUCUGUUGCCUUUUACCCAUACAUACAUGCUCUGGAUUGAUAUGACCACAAAAGCCAUGCCAGUAGAGCAUAGGCCCUUUUGGGCCUCUUGUUUAUGAACAAAAUGACAGAAACACGUGCUGUAAUGUGUGCUUUACAUGAAAAUCUCCAGGUUUACAAGAUGUGCGUGUUGAAUAACGGUACUCUAUUUUGUUCUUUAAUGAAAUAUUUAAUCGAUUACAUUGAUCUGUGAUCAGGGUGCAUCUUCUUUUAUGACCUAAUUUUCCAAUUAAAUUGAUAAUUGACAUGGGUAUAUGCACUAAUUGGCAUGUUGUACCACUAUUGCACGAGUGUCAUUAACCGUAUGACGUAGAGGAGGGAAAUCAUGUGCCCAGCGCGUGGAGAUUAUGCAGACGAUUUAGGACGAUCGCAGUUUCAGAUUUUUUUUUCAAAAAUGAAAAACCAUGAAAAAAGAAUAUUAAUGAUUUCACAGAAAUUCUUUGUUCUUGACUGUAUUAUGUGCUUGUUACUUGUAAUGCUUAUUAGCACUAAACUGACUUUUAUAUACAUAAGAAUCCAUAUACAUGUAUGAACAAAUCAAAUUACAUGUAAUCAAGCAUGAACAUGAGCAAUGAAAGUGGUUUUAAAUUAUCAGGGCAUACUAAUGCAUUGUUGUCAAUACAUUUUGAAGCAGUUUGAUGUUGUCUGCAUAAAACAUGAUUGUUUUAGGGUCAUAUCAAUAGUUAAUAACUGCCUGCACUGAUUUUGGGUCAUAUCAACAGUUGAAUUACAGUCUGCACUGUUUUGGGUCAUAUCAACAGUUACAUAACAGUCUGCACUGUUUUUGGGGUCAUAUCAACAUUUAAAUAAGAGCCUGCACUGUUUUUGGGUUAUAUCAACAGUUAAAUAAUAGCCCGCACUGUUUUGGGGUUAUUUCAACAGUUAAAUAACAGUCUGCACAGUUUUUGGGUUAAAUCAACAGUUACAUAACAGCCUGCAGUGUUUUUGGGGUCAUAUUAACAGUCAAAUAACUGCCUGCACUGUUUUUGGGUCAUAUCAACUGUUGAAUAACAGCCUGCAGUGCUUUUGGGUCACAUCAAUAGUUGAAUAGUCUGCAGUGGUUUUGGGUCACAUCAACAAUGUUCUUCAUAAUUAGUAGUACAUGGACUACUACUAAUUAUAAUUUAUUUAGGCAUUGAUCAAGCAAGAUAAGGACAAAACAAACUGUCAUUUCAAGGUGCAAAAAAAUCAUGGUCUAAUUGCACUAGCUAUAUUUAUCUUUGGUUGUUUUUUUGGUAUGUUCCAUCAUUUUUUAAGGAAAUAAAAAGUGAUUGGAAAUUGAAACAAUACAACUGAUAGGUCAGUGUCUUAACAUUCCGCAUAGCCCAGUGGUUUUAUAUAGGAUUUUUAAUCUAAAGUUCGAUUCUGGCAAAUAUAAGUUUAAGGAAUACUAGUUUUAUUUCUGAGGAUUCAUUAUUAUCGACCCUAGUACCCUACAGUUAAUUGUAAAUGAAUGACACUGCAACAUAGGUAAGAGUCCGAUGAUAAAUAUGAACAUAAAAUUGGAAGUAAAUUAAAUGCAACAAAAAGAGAUUAAAAAUAAAUGUAGGUCUCAAACUGGCAACCUCCAACAUGCCGGCCCGUUGAUCAAACCACUGAGCUAUUCAUGAUGAAAUAAUUGUAAUUAUUGAUUGAUUUGGUAUCAAUGUUUUGUUCUGGUAAAACAUACAGAAGGUAUUGGGAAAGACUCAACUAUGAAUUUAGCUAGUGCAUUAACUGUAUAAUGUACCUGUGACACAGACCUUUCAAUUAAUUGAACAUAACUCGAAUGCAUUCCUGAACUGUGAUAUACGUGUACAUGUAAAGGUUUUUGUCAGUCAUCUUUCAUUGAACACAGGUAAUGUUUUAGUUUGAUCUCAUGGAUAUAUGUUUUAUGUUUGUCGUAUGUCAAUAAAUUAGGAAGAGAAAUUUACAGUCUCCAGGCUCCAAUUUCUCGAAACUUUUUAAGCUUAACAGGCUUAAGUCGCUUAUUUCAAUUAGCCAAAAUAAAUACUAAUAAUGGAUUUUGAUAAAUGAAAAAUGGUAUCUUCUAAUUAGCAUACAGAUUUUUCUUAUAUAAUUUCUAAAAACUCUUAAAGAAGUAAAUAUAAAGCAUAUUAUAGAACAACAAGAAUAGUGAGUUUAGCUUAAUCCUGUUAUAAAGAACUAAAGAAGUUUCGAGAAAUUGGGGUCAGAUUGUUUUAACUUCAUUUGGUGCCAUAUGUAUGUUAGGACAUUUUGUAAUUUUGGAUUUUGGAUUUUCGCAAAUCAUGUUGACUUUGUUCAGCCUCUUCUUUACAUUUUUGCAUUUGACGCUUAAAGCUGCACUCUCACAGAUAUACCAUUUUUACAACUUUUUUUAUUUUUUGUCUUGGAAAGAGCAAAUUUUUGUGUAAAUAUCUGCAAACCAACGUUAUUAGAUUGCUGACAAAAAAACAGAUCGUAGAUUUUCAAAUUUUCGUCAGAAAAUUAAUGUUUUAUGGCUUAUGUUUUAUGGCUUAAACCACUACUAACGGUUUAAGAAAAAUGCAUAAAAAAUCAUUUUUUGACUUUCAAUAUAAAAAUCUACGACCUAAUUUUUGUCAGCAGUCUUAUAUAACUGGUUUUCAUGGAUUUUCGCAAAAUUGGCUUGUUCCAAGACAAAAAAUAAAAAAGUUGUCAAAAUGUUCAAUCUGUGAGAGUGCAGCUUUAAUUCUUUUACCUGUAAUACAGGCAGGCCUUUGUGUAUGGUUUACAAUUAUAAAUGUUGUGAAUAAGAAUUCUUUUUUUGUUUCUUAUGUAGCCAGUUGUAUAGAAAUGCUGGUCAGAGAUCAUAAUUUGUACCAAUGAUUUGUCUAUAAUUUUGAAAACUAUAUUUAUUAAACAUGUAGAACUUAUGUUUAGAAUAUGUGUAAAUAUAUGAAAUUGAAAAACAAGAUGAAUUAGACAAUCUUAGGUAUUCAUUGGAAAACUGUUCUGAAAUAUAAUUAAACAAAUAUUGUCAAACUAUUUCAGUAUUAUAACGUGUAACAAUCUAUGGAAGAGUAUCAACCUAUUAGCAUUUAACCCUGGAAAGUUUGUCUUAGAAGUAGCAUUUUGGUUUUCACAUUGUAUAACUAUGUGGUAAUAUUCAACUGUGUUUUGUAUUGUCUUAUAUUACUGUUUUUCAUAUAUAGCAUACACUUUUCAGUCCAUGUAUAUGAUUUCUAUUGACUGUAAUACAAGGAUAUACUAUAAUAAAUACUAUUAUAAAUAAGAAACCACAUCAUGCAUGUUUCCCUGCAAGCCAGGAUUUUGUUAUUGUUCCCAGACCCCCAGCUGCAAGGUAGCCAUUUUGUUAUCGUGAUUUGCCGUGAAGACCAUGAGGCAAAACUGGUGGGCAAAUAAAAUAGGGUUAAGCCAUGUGAUGUCGUUUUUAUGCCCCCCUUCGAAGAAGAGGGGUAUAUUGCUUUGCACAUGUCGGUCAGUCGGUGUGUCGGUAGACCAAAGUUUGUCCGAGUGAUAACUCAACAAUCCCUGGACCUAUUGUCAUAAAACUUGACAUUGAGGCUAGGCCUGACAAACAGACGACCUCUAUUGCUUUAAGGGGUCAUUGGGUCAAAGGUCAAUGUCACAGUGACCUUAAAUGAUAAAAGGUUGUCUGAGUGAUAACUCGAAAAUGCCUGCACCCAUGGCCCUCAAACUAGACUUUGAGGUUGGGCCUGACCAGUAGAUGACCCCUAUUGAUUUUGUGGGUCAUCCGGCCAAAGGUCAAAGUCACAGUGACCAUAAAUGAUAAAAGGUUGUCGGAGUAAUAACUUGACAAUGCCUUCACCCAUAGCCCUCAAAAUAUGACUGGAAGUUGGGCCUGACUAAAACGAAAACGUUAACAAAGCUUCUCCCAGUGACAUCUCAAUAAUGCCUGGACCUAUGAUCACCAAACUUGAGAUGGAGGCUUGACUGACCAAUAGAUGACCCCUUUAGAAUUUAGGGGUCACUAGGUCAAAGGUCGCAGGGACCUUGAAUGAUAAAAGGUUGAUUGAGUGAUAACUCGACAAUGACUGCAUCCAUGACCCUCAAACUUAACUUUGAGGUUUGGCCUGACCAGUAGAUGACCCAUUUUGAUUUUGGGGGUCAUAAGGCCAAAGGUCAAGGUUGGAGAGCCCUUGAAUGAUUAAAGGUUGUCCGAGACAUAACUAACAAUGCCUGCACCCAUUGCCCUCAAACUUGACAUUUAGGUUGAGGGUGACCAGUUGAUGACCCCUAUGGAUUUUUAUGUCAUAGAGGAUAAGGUCAUGGUCAUAACUCAUAUUCAUCAUUAAAAUUUUAUCAUAUUUACUUAAUCCCUGCUGCAAAGAGGAUACACUUUUUUAUUUGCAAAUAUCAGUUAUUAUCAGUUAUCAAUUGAACUUGAUUAAAAAUCUGUACCUACUGUCCUCACACUUUGAAUGGUCAUAAUCUUAAAACUGCCUCAAUGCAAUGUCAAUGACAAAUCAGCUUUCAUUUUGGUCCAUGUAUAUUUUAUUCAAUUGUCCAAGUAAUCCUGACAACAUUGUGCUCGGGGGGGGGGGGCAUAAUGUUUGACAAACAUUUCUUGUUAAAUAUAUAAAGAUGCAAUAUAAUAAAACCAAAAUAAUCAA